ACUAUUCAAUGGAAACAUAGAGAGAGAGAGAGAGAGAGAGAGAGAGAGAGAGAGAGAGAAGAGUGUCCCUUCACGACUUGUGAAGAAGAGGAGGGGAGGCUUCCAUGGCUUAGUGAAGAAAAUUUCAGAUCUGGAAAAUUUUCAGAAAAAUAAAAAAGAAAGGAGAAGGAGAAGGAGAAGCAGGUGAACCCAGAUAAUAACAGAGGAAAAAGAUGGCUUCUUGCAUGGGUUGUUUAUUUGGAUGCGUAUUUAUCUUAGCAGCUCUGCUUCAGGCUAGUCUAGGAUCGACUGUACCUCCUUCUAACUUCUCACAUAAUAUUUGGACUGCCAACCGAACGUUCAAGAUCGGCAAUUGGACCGUCCAUGUUGUCGGAAACAGUCUAGGAUGGACUGUUCCUCCUUCUAACUUCUCAUAUGAUGCUUGGGCUGCCAACCAAACCUUCAUGGUCGGCGAUAAGCUAUUGUUCAACUUCACAAAUGGUACACAAGACGUGGGUGAGUUCUCAAAGGCAGAUUAUGAAUCUUGCAACGUCAGUGUUUCGAACUCCAUCGAUUCUGUCGUGACAGGAAUCGGAACAGCAGCAUAUUACAACAUUGGAACGGCAGGAGAACACUACUACACGUCCACCAUUGGCGAUCACUGUCAAAAGAACCAGAAGCUAGCAAUCACCACUUAUGGUACUCACAGCUCUGAUGCCUCCUCUCUCACUAUUGGCGGCUUCUCUCUUCUUCUGCUGCCCACCAUCAUGGCUUUCUUUUAUUAGAAUGUUUACUACAGCACCAUUUGUUUUCUCGAGCCUCUUCCAUGAUUUGAAUAGGUAAACCUUGUAAGGUAUUUUGGUAAUUUCCAAUCAACGUUCCUUCGGUUCCUUUGGA